AUGUCGAGAACAGAAUAUAAAGGAAACGUUCAAAAGAGAAAGGUAACAAGCCCGAGAGAAAACAGUUUGAAAUCCUCGAUUUCGUCUAUUCAGAUCGUGCGGAGGUGCUGGUCGUUGAUACUACUAUCUACUGGUCUGAUUCUAUACAUAAGAAUUGGUGGUACCAGCGGGGAACGAUGGUCUAGACAAGUAUCGAACAGCGACUGGAUUCCUUUGGCCAAUCCAAGAAGUGCUUCCAGUCAAAUCAGGCCGAGUAAUAGUGGAAAUGGAGCUAUUUCGUCGGGAAGUCCUUCUUUACCACAUCUUUCAUCUCUUUCUUUACCACCGGCACUUCAAGAACAAUAUCAGCAACAACUUUUGCAAUUGCAAAAGACUCAAGAGAAUAUUCAAAAGUUGCUGAUAUUGCAGGAACAACUUAGAACGCAACAACAGUUAUUGCAGUCUCAAACAUUUCUACCGAGUGGCUUUAGUAGCCCGGAAAAUGACAAGCGCAUGCUUCAACAAAAUACGAUACCAAACUUAUCAGGUGUAUCGGGUUUAAGUUCGGACGUGCUGGUACCACCGUUACCUUCAUCCGAUGCUCUUCCACCCAUUUAUUCAGCUCAAAACUUCCUCGGCCAAGGACCACAGCGGUUUCAUCAACCAAUAAGGGGUAAUCAGAAUUUAAACAUUAAAUCUGAAGAAUUUGGAAACUCGCAUAAUAGCAAAAGUCAAGUCAAUUACAACGAAGGUCAUGAAGAUGGUUUGAGAGAAGGACAAAGUCUUGAUCAAUUGACCCAGGUAGAGGAUAUUCGUGAUAACGUUAAAGACUUCGUCGGGAAGGAAGAAAAAUAUCGGCCAACCGGAAAACAGGUGAAAGGUCAAACGGUACAAGGUACUCCUGGCAUAUCUGAAAAUGCAGAGAACGAAAACGAGGAGGUCCAACUAGUUUACGUUCCUGUAGAAACCUUAGCCAAACAAAGAGUUCAACCAAAAAGAUUUCGAGGACAAAAGCAAUAUCCUUUCCGUCAGCAACAGCAGCAACAUCAGAACCAGCAGCAGCAAUAUCGAAUAAACGAUGAAAUUGAGCAAACGACGAGAGAGCCAGAUACUUUCGGUCGAGAUUUUUUGGACCAGUUGAAGUUCGCAAAGGAAGAACGAUCGAAGGAGGUCGCUCGAAUAGAAGACGUGGAGAAAGCACUGGAGAGGAAGGCUCAACUUGAGCAAGAAAUUCUACAAAAGGAACAGGAAUUAGCAAGACAGAAAGAAGAGGAAAGAAGGAUAAAGGAACUCGAGAAAAUCGAAGAAAUAGCGAAGCAACGAGAACUUGAAAGACUUCGAGAGUUAAGGGAAAAGCAGAGAUUGGAGGAACUUGAGAGACGAAGAAUCGCGGAAGCUCGUGCGAAAGAGGAAAGACGCCGGCAACAGGAAGAAAAGCGUCGGCAAGAGGAAGAAAAACGUCGACAAGAGGAAGAAGCAAGGCAAAGAGAGAAAGAGAGACUUGCUGCAUUGGAGAGACAAAAACAAUUGGAGAUUCAACGUGCUUUGGAGGAAGAAAGAAAAUUAGAACAACAGAGGCAAGAGGAAGCGAGCACGAUUGCUCCGAACGUCGAUCAAAAUCAGCCGGAUACUCAAGCGCUUUCUUUGACACGUAACAAGCAGUUACACCGACAGCAUCUUGAAGAAACGACCCAUAGGAUAAAACACAGAAAUCGCGUAAGACAACAACGUCCAAGAAUCAAUCAACAGCCACCGACUACAACUCCACCACCAUCGCCCAAUCAACCUCCUCUUUCCGUUUACAUGGGUGGUGGUGAUAGCAUGGCACCAGACAGAGUCAAAAUUGCGGAUGUUUUGAGGAUUCUUAAAGACGCUAAAACUAUAGCAGUUUUAGACACAGUCGUACCUAACACGCCUAAGGUCUUUGUAGGACCAACGAAUUUAGAUCCACCGGCUGGUUAUACGAAGUUCGAUCUCCCGUACUUAUCAUCUAUCGAUCACAAUCGAGUUGAAAGGAAGGUCGACAAGUUACCUUUUUUCGUAGCGCCGCUAAGCUUCGAUCCACCACCAGGAUAUUCUAAAAUCCCAUUCCCAGCUCCUCAUAUAGGAUCCGUUGUCGUGAACACGAUCGAUGCUUCAUCUCCCGAACCUGAUACACCAGAAAUUAUUCAUAAUCCAAACCCGACGCCUCUUAUAGAGCCAAAUUCUUAUAUCGAUGGUACUGGAAGUAAUUUGGGUCGGAUAGAUCCUACUACCCUAAGCUAUGAACAUUCAACUACAGCUGGUUACACUCAAGAAUUUUCGAGUACACCAAAGUACGAUACUUCGUAUUCGACGAUAUCAAAUCCUGGUGGUUCUAGAUUCCGUUUUAGGCAAUCGUACGGAGAUAAUAAUCCUCCUUCUGUAAUCGACACUAUUUACCGAGGCGAAUCAUCACUUCCAGCUGGAAAGUCCAAACAAAAGGCAUAUUACAAUGAAGAUUCCAGACCUGUAGCUCCUACUUUGGCACACGAAACUAGAUUAGGUACCACUGCGUCUGCUUAUCAAGAGGAAGCAAUUUACUCGAGUACACCGAAUUAUCCAGAACACUCGUUGAGAACACUAGAUGAUCCCUCAACGAAAGAACAGGAUUUAGCUGCACAAUUAGCUUUGAUUAACCAUGAACUUGCUCAACACAGAGAUGCCAACAACAACAAAAACUCUUUUGUCGAACACCAAAACACAUAUACGCAAUCAGAUCCUCAUCUGAUCAAUUCCUUCCAAUCUCUAAUCUCUCCGAAUGAUGUUAACGAAGUGAGAGAAUCUGUAGGUCCAACGCAAUAUAAUUUACCUGCUGAAUUACCGAUUUCACCCCAUCUACCUGGCUUGGUAAAUUCUUUGCUAGAGAAGCAGACAACGAUACCAACCACUACAACGACACACGUUGUAACAACACCAGCGUAUACAAAGGCUACGACCACAACUACUACAGCUAGACCACCCUCGACUACUUAUAGACCACGUUCACGUCAAAGGAGUAGGAUAGUACCCACACGACCAACUACCACCACAAUACCUACGACGUCUAUUACUAGAACGACUGCAGACAGAUCUAGAAGACCUUACAGCAGAACGAGAAGUGGGUCGAGAUAUACAACUACUACCGAAUCAUAUAAUGAUUCCACUGCUUACGAACCUACCAAAUCUAAGAAUUCUGAAACUACAGAGAAAUAUAACUACGCAGAUCACCAUAAAAGACCAAGAGGUCAGAAACAUAGGAAUAACGAUAAGACGGCUUAUCAAUCCGAGGUGAGGAUUAUACAAUUUAAUGACAAAAUUAUCUCAUAUUUUUUUUAUACGUGCAAAAAUGUAUAUUUCUUUUUUUUAAUACAGGCCUAUGAUCAAAAUUACAACGUUCAAGCACACCAAGCUGCGACUUACGAGCAUACUGCUCCCGACGAAUCGAUCACUUCCUCAUCGACGGAUCCAUAUUCACAAUCGGGCUCAAAUUCGCAUAAUUCUAAUCAACAAGAGUCAAGUAUACCUUUGUCAAACCUGAAUGCUUUCUCCCAAGAGAAUUAUCCAUCAACGAGUAUCAGUUCUACCGAAAAUUAUCCACCUCUUCGUGAAACUACAACGAAUUACAACACGCCAGUUGCAUCGGAAGAUUAUUCUAAGAGUCAACAAAAUUAUCCACAAGAAGCGAACUAUCCUAUCGCUUAUGGAAGUCAAUUAAAUGACUUGGACCAAAGUGUUCUUGAAAAAACACCGAUCAAUGGAUUUAAUUACCAAGCACAAAACAGCGAGACUCGUAAUCAACCUACCGUUCAGAAAUCUAAAGACUACACCGCUUAUUACGCCGAGAAACUCGAAAAUACGGACUUUGGUAUAAGUGGUACUUCGGAAAAUCCGGGAAGUAAAAUUGAUAAAACAGCUCAACAAUAUUCUCCAAUUUACGAUGUAGCACCAGUUCAAUCGCAUUUGAAUUAUCCUCCGACUGGUGAGAGUGGUAAUUUUGGACAAGUCGAAGAUAGAAAAGUAGAUGGAAGUAGCAACGUAGCAGAUCAAAAUGAAGAACCGAUAUUCAUCCCUCUUCCACCAGAGAAACAACAAGUUUAUGAUUUGUUAACGCCAUCGACGGAAGAACCAUUAAAUGCGGUGGUAACGAAAACCAGUACGACAACGGAAACAACUCCAGUUGUAAUACGACAACGUGUUCGUGGCCGUGUUGGUACACGUACGCAUUCCGAUUCGGUUGUGCAAACUCGUCCAAGAGGUUCGCAAGACGAAUACGUGCGUUUUAGUGCUGUCAAUCAUCAAGAUUCCCCACGGUCGUCUAAUAUACAUCGUCACAGAACUAAAUCGAGAUCUCGACCACAAAGCCAAGUUAAAACGAGCGGUUACGAGUACGUGAAGAUUCAAGCUGGUUCGCAAAGACAACGGCCUUUUGUACAACAAACUACGCCAUCGACAACAAUCGCGACCACAACAACAACAACGACAACUACGACGACCACGCCGAGGACUACGACCACCACGACUACUGAACAACCAUUAGAAGAAGAUAUCGAUUAUGGCUUUAUAAGACCUCCUAGCUUCCGACCAGUGAAUCCGGUAGACAAUCGAUUCCACGCACCACCUGUUACUUUCAAGCCAAUACUUUCGCAAGUAAACAAUUUACCCAUACAACAGCAGCCUUCUGGCAGUGCUCAAGAUAUCGAAAUAGAAUACGAUCCACCUCCAAAUCAUUCUUUAAAAAAUCGUCCGAAAUAUCAAACAACAAAUCGACGACCAUUAAUUAAAUCAACAAUACUGCCGAUUACGACGCCAAUUACAACGACGACAACGGAAAAUAUAUCACCGGCAACAUUAAAUCCUGAUAAUUCGGUGUACACAGUAAGACCAAAAUAUAAACCAGAAGAUAUCAAACAGAAUAGAAGUCGAAGUAGGACUCGUCGACCCGGAGGUAGGAAACGUGUAACAACAACCAGCACAACGGAAUCCGGUUUUGAUGCAAAUAACGAAGUACCAUUGGAGGGAAAUUAUCCGCGUAUACUUCCACCACAUCCAGCAGCAAUCGGAGAACAACAAACUCUUUACGAUGAAAAUUUUGGAAGUUUAUCCCAAUUUGGUGAAACUUAUAAUCAGCCGGAUCAAAAUUAUAAAUCAGCCACGGAAAAUUAUCCACCGCAGGACUUUGUAUUGAACUUUGGAGCGGUAUCUCCCCAAACACAAUUACAACAAGAUGAAUACGAUCAAACUCAACUGGCAAGUAAUUCUCCUCAAAAGUAUGAUCAUUCAACACAUUCAAAAUCAACGACAUUGAGCAAUUCACAAUUGAUGCCUGCUGACAUCUACGGAGCCGAGAGUCAAUGGUCUACCAAAUUAUCUCGGACCUCUUUUCAACCAAGCUUUGCAACUAAUUAUGCUACCGAUGGAUUCAACGAGGCACGUAAGAAAGAUGGAAACGUUAGAGAAGUAGCUGAUAUUAUUACGGUUCGUCCGGAGAAUUCAGUAACGUACGUGGUUUCCUCGGAAUUAGAGAAUAGCGAUGAAACAAAAUCGAUAAUGAACGAAGAAGAGUCCAUGAUAAAGGCCACGACGGUAUUUGGACAAAAAAUGAUGGCACGCGAUCAUACAGAAAAUCCAAUGAAACGUCAGCAAAAAGUAAGUUCGUACGAAAAUGAUGAUGAUGAUCAUGACAAAUGGAGAUCGAAGGAAGAUAAUUUGUCAAGGGAACCUACGGAUAACGAAGACGGUGAGAAAAUACCAAAGAAAACUGCGGAUCCUGGUGCAGUCAGAAAGACUAAUAGAAGGAAAAGAGUACGAGUACGAGUAAGGCCAAUCGUCGAUGAUUUCGUGACGGCCGAAUCUCAACAUAUCAACGCUGCUGUUAAUAGUCUAACGCACGAUCAAUACAAAUACAAUCCGAUUCGGCAGACAAGGCCUAAUCUAAGUGAAUUUAAUAUUAUGAGAUCAACCGGUGACGGAUCCCGACGAUCCGCGUUACAAGAUUUUCUUGAGGAAAUGUUGAAAACUGAUGAAGUUUUAGUACCUGUAUUGGCGACAUCAACUAGUACGGUAUUACCUUUAAAUGUUUGGCAAACAUCAACACCAAUAACAUCUUCGAUUGAAGAAGAAGAAGGAGAAGUAGAAACAACAAACUACAAAUUUUCACGUAUUACUACCAAUAUACCUACAACUAUAUCGGAGGAAUUGGAAGGAACACUUGACCCUGAAGAAAGUUUAAGAACUACCACUCAGUAUUACGGUACACGCAUCUAUCCCAAAGAUUCGAUCACGAAGGAUACCACAGAAAAUUUUAAAUUACCGACAAUUCAAGAAACAGGAACAACUUCCAGCGAUUUCAAUAAUUCUCAAACAACUCUAAAUGAUCUAAACUCUAUCGAUACCGCAUUAGAAACUACACCGAUCACAGAAAAGUUAGAAACAACAACGAUAAAACCGAUUGAUACGACAAUAGAGGAUUCUCCUAUUGUUGAAAGUACAAAGACCGAAGAGUCAAUGGACAAUGACAAUAUCACUUAUCUGAAGAAUCACCGUGCUAAAUGGAGUGAGGUUAGAUAUCCAUCGGAUCCUUCGAUAGCCUUAAACCAUUCUCUCUUGUCCACUUGGAAUUACGAUAAAAAUGGGAAAACAGCUGAUUGGAGUAAAACAUUAACAAAGGUUACGACGAAUGAAGAAGAAAAAGAUCCCGAAAUUAAAAUUCUUUCGGAUUACGUACAAACUGUAUUCGAUGAUCUUAAGGGAACUAAAGAAAAUAUUAAGGAGAGCUCCGAUGAGAAAUCAUUGAACAAGGAGAAAAAUAAUAAGGUCAGUACCUCGGAGAAUUCAAGCGAAGACAAUAACAUUAAAACAAAUUCCCCACUGAAAGCUAGUACUAUUAGUGUUAAAAAAGAGAUAAAUCAAGUCGGAGAUCGUUCCUUAAUGAAAUUUGAGAAAGAAGAGACUCCAACGACGAUCGUUGUUGAAAAUAUUGAUGAUAAUUCAUUUACGUCAGGUUAUCAUUCUAAUCCAACAGUGAUAUUAGACACCACGGUGCAUGAUAUUUUAUCCAAAGAUGAAUCUAUGGUGACCGUAACACCAACGAGUCUGAUCAAGACAACGACAACAACGACAACGACGACAACAAAACCGACAUUACCAACGACAUCGGAGAUCAGUCAACACAAUACAACAGAAACAAUACUUGGUAAAGUGUUGAGAACAUCUACGACAACGAAGGUCUCGCACAUGACCGAGAUUUGCUACAGAGGAAGAUGCGUAAUGACCAAACCAGACCGAGAAAUUCGUUUGAGAUGAAAUAAGGCAAAGGAUCAUUGAGAAAUGUAAUUAACUUCGAUGUAGGUUUCUUACUGCGAAGUUCAACGAAUGCAGAAACGUCCUAUUUUACGACGAAGGGAUGCAUUCGAUGGACCUCGCAAUUAAUGUUUCAUAUUUAUUUGAAAACGUAGAAAAGAAGCUUGCUUUCAUCGAGGCCACUUUUCUCGGUUGCCGAAGUGAUAAUAUAGAAAAGGAAUAUGAUGAAAACAUAAGCAAUUACAAAUACAUAAAUCCGUAUAAUGUAUAAAAAUCUCUUAUAAAUGCGAUCAAAUAUCUUAAUACUAAUAUAGAUGAAGAAUUUCAUUGCAUCAUACGACGAAUCGUUUGCUCGUGGAAUAGUUAAAUACACACAAUAACAUUACAACGAUAUAAAAAUAUGAUGUAAAAAUGUAUAAAGGAUUUAGUUAAUUGCAUUCGUCAGAAUCCUGCGAAAUUCUCUAUAUUAAGUGUUUUCCAUAUUAUAUAAAUAUUGUUAACGGGAUAAGAGUAUACGAAAAAAAAAUAAAAGAAGAAAAGAAGUAAUGGCAACCUUGAGCACGGUCAUUCCUAUGCACCGUUGUGUGUCGGAAAAUGUAUUUAAUUUAAUUAUUUACUGUCCCUAUCCGUUGCGCGUGUAAGUUUUAAGCGUCUCAUAAAUAUUUUAAUAAAAUACGACAAAAACACGCGUAGAUGUGAUAAUUACACUUUUCACCUAUCUCCCUCAUAUCUUCCCAUCAUUUCCUAUUUAAAAAGAAAAAAUAAAAUUAAAAGAGAACGACGCAAUAGAGACUA